UAUGGAACUACCAACACUGUCAUUACGCACAGUCACAAUUCUUGGGAAUUUGUAUCCAUUUGUGUUUUCAUCUGAUACAGAGAAGGAAUGGUUCGAUUUCGUAAAUACAUUGUGUAGACGUUUUGGAACGUUUCUGUGAGAGAAGUUUUACCGGAAGAAACAUGGGAGACGAGAAAAAGAAGAGUUCGGAAAGCAAGAAACCAAAAGUUGAAGAAGGGUCUGGAAAUUUAUCCGAUAGUAAUGGAAGUGGUACCUCUACAGAGGACACUUCUAAAGGCAAAAAUGGUUCCAGCAGGAAAAGAAAGCAAUCAUCUGCGGAUUUAGAAAUUGAUAAUGGUCUCCCCCCUCAAAGGUUCGCCGCAAAUGCAAGAGAGCGAGACAGGACACAUAGUGUAAAUAGCGCUUUUAUCACACUAAGAACUCUGAUUCCAACGGAACCAGCUGAUAGAAAACUUUCCAAAAUUGAAACCCUAAGACUAGCAGCGAGUUACAUAGCUCACCUAAAUACGGUCCUUAUGGUUGGGACUGAUUGCCUUGACCAGCCGUGUGUAAAACACCAAGCCAUGUUGCGGGGAAGCAUGGACCCUAUGCCAAAACCAGUGUGCACGUUCUGUCUCAGCGCAGCCAGAUCCAGGGCGGUACGCCCAGAAAGUUGUAUGUUUAAAGAUGUCCGACACGCAAUGCCUAUUCGACGAUAGCCCAGACGCCCCGUUUGAAUACUGGCCAUCAGUAAACAUGGCCGAAGUGGACUUCAUUCAUCCUGCAACCUGACAUGCAUGCAUGUGUUAUCAGCCAUGGUAGAAACCACCCAACUGAAAAAAAGGAAAGAUGUAAAUAUUUAUCCAGUUAGGAACUGUAUCUUGCUUUGAGUCAAAUGGUGAUGUCAAGAUAGCGAAAAGCUAAGUGUAAACACUGUUGGUAUCAGGAAGGCAGGUCCAGAGUGCGGCUUCAUCGCUCAUCGUAGUGUCAUUGUGAUGACGGUUCCAUUCCAUGGUUAAUUUGAACGAAGAUGCCAUAAAGCUAAAACUGUCGUAACUCAUAUUUGCAACAUGAUUUGUUGUGUAAAGGUGGCCAGUGUAGAGAACGUGACCUUGUGUGUCAGAAGAGUAAAGAAAAACCCUAACAUUUGACAUUGUGCAUUAUGAAUGAGCAAUAGACGAACAGAUCGUUUGAAGCGGGUAUUUAGUAAUGGUAUGGUCAUGUGUCGACGAGAUACCAUAAGGUGUCAUUUGAACACGUUCCACCGUGUUUAACAGUGUACUGGUUUCAGGCUGAACACUCAGGAUAGUGUUCAGGGGAUAUUUAUUCGCAUAAACUGCUGCAUAGACCGAGCGGCAUUCUAGCAUAUGUAUUUAAUUGCAGUACAAUAACAGAAACAAAGGUCAACGGCGGUGAUGCCGUCAGUGGACGUACAAUCACAGCUGACCAUCAGUUUCAAUUCGGGCUACGUCCAGCAAAUUGUAGAUAGCUGCUCCUCUGUAGACCCGGGUUGAACACUCAACCACUAAUUCCCGUUUUUAAAGAACAGUCCUGACGUGUGCCAAAUGGAAAAACUCAACUCUCAAAUCCCCGUUUAAAGAACAGUGCUGAUGUGUGCCAAGCGGAAAAACUCAACUCCCAAAUUCUCGUUUAAAGAACAGUGCUGAUGUGUGCCAAGUGGAAAGACUCAACUCCCAAAUCCCCGUUAAACCAUAGUACUGGGGAUCGUCAAGUUUCAUCAGAACUGACGACUGAGGAUUUUGAGGACUCAGGUCAACAGUUUUCCUUCUCAUUGCUGAUGGCCAAUGUCUGGAGCUCAUGCACCAAUCUAAGGGCUGUUUGCCGUCACAUGGCUCGAAUGUUCAUGCAUAAAUCAAUCACGAAUAAACAAAGAUGAUUCACAUGAGAAUAAACGUUAUCACAGAUGGUU